AUGUCGAACGACGCGAACAGGACGGCGGCGACGCAGGCGGCGGAUGACGACGAGGUCGACGACUGGGACAAGCGGAUCUUCUCCACGGGCUGCGCGCAGGAGAAUUCAAGGAUGACGGAUUGCUACUACGAGAAGAAGGACUGGCGCGCCUGUAAGAAGGAGAUGGAGGCUUUCCGCGAGUGCUGGAAGCGACAAGGGAACAAUCAGCGAACUUCUACGAAAGAUGCUUGA